UCCUAGUGUAGCACUGCUCGGUAACAGUUCACUUUGCCGCCUACAGCCAGUGUCCGUCGUAACGCAGCAGCAGCCAGCGCCGCCAUGAAGAAACUCGUCAAGUUUAGGCUGGGGCUCUGCGCCAUCGAGCUGGUUUUCGGCAUCGUUCUGCUCUGCAUGGAGGCGGGCUUCCAACGCAAGUACCAGUACUUCGGCGUCACUGAGGUCGUCACGUACGGCAGCUUCACUGUUAUCCAAGCCGCCAGGCUCGUCUGCGCUUUCUUCCUAGAAUUUGUGCCAGAUGACAUCGACCUGGUGUGGACCCGCACGGGCAUGGUGCUGUACACGGUGAGCGGCUGGGUGCAAGUGGUGGAGUGCAAGGAGGACCUCGACCGAGCUGGCCUCGGCUUCAUCGCCGCGUUCAUCUUCCUCUUCGACCAGACAGUCUUCUUCCUCAACCACCCCAUCCCCGAAUGGAUGCUGGAGCCGCCCCCGGGAGAGACUACCUGCGAGGAAGAAAAAGCUGCCGCAGAGUCGGUCCAGCAGGAGCAAAACAAGGCACUGCUGGAGGAAAAGGGCAACUGUGUGAGGAGGGCCGUCGCAUCGUAGGCUUCAAACCUGCUGUGGACGGACUGUUUUGGACACCAGCGCUACAGACAGCGAGUUAAGUUUUCUCCUAUUCCUGCCUAUCAACACCCGAAACAUACACAAUGCAAAAUAACUAUGCAGAAGCAGCACAGUUACUACGUGCUCUUAAUUUUAUUCUUAAAUCAGAGCUGCGGACGUGGUUUUGCCGAAUACGUGAGGAGCAUCAAAACCAACCCCUCCUGCCACAAAUUUUGGCGCUUUAAAAAAAAAAAAAAAAAAAAAGAA